GACUCUCAGUUCGUACUGUCAUGUGGGGUCGGCACGACUACCCUCAUUUGCCUCUGCAGGUCACAAAUUGAUAUAAGAAGCUCGUAUCUCCGUGCCGAUGAUGUCGGUAGGUUUCUUGUUAGAUUGUCUUCACCGAGCGCCUUUGUUAGGCGAGUGGCUGCUGAUAACACCGUAAUAAUGAUGAUACGCUCACUCUCAACAGCACUGGCUUGUGUCUCUGCUGUCACCGCAACCAUCCUGGAGAAUGGCCGCCCAAGAGUAACGAGCUUCACCGAUGUGAAGGUGGAUCUUGCUCUUGGCGACUUCAAGACGUACGAUGCCGAUGCCGACGAGAUAUCGUACAAAGGUCGAUGGGACUCCAAGCACAUAUCUUGGUGGGCAGCACCGGGCAUCAAAUUCGGCUUUACCGGUCACGCAGUCGCGGUUACGUUUGGUAAUCAGACUAUCAACAGUACUCUUGUCGCCUACAGGAUCGCCGGUCUAGACUGGAUGCACACCAACGUCACGGCGGGCGGUACUCACCAGUUCGUGAGCCCAGAAACUCCAGGCAUCGAGCUAGCUGGUCCUGUUAGCCCAGUUACGUUUGAGAUGAGGGUGACAAACUGGGCUUAUGGAGUCCAAAUUGACAAGGUUCAUGUGGCUUCUGGAGAACAGCUCGUCAAGAUUCCCGACUAUCCUCGUCGGGUCGAAUUUAUUGGUGAUAGUCUGUCAGCAGGCAUGUAUAAUACGUACGAGGCGCUCGCGGGAUUUGCCUACGGUGUCGGCGCGGGUCUAGGAGACACGGAGUAUUCCAUUACGGCCUACCCGGGCAUAUGCGUCGCCGACCAAGACUGUUGGGGCAACCCUCGAGGGCAAUCUCACCAAUGGUUCUACACAUCGGAUACGGGCGGUCGGGCGGCCGAGGUAUGGGGAGAUGAGUCGCAACCUUGGGACUUCUCCAAAAACCCUUCUGCUGACUUAGCUGUCAUCAACCUCGGCACAAACGAUGCGAAUGCUGCAAACAACGUCACCAAAGCCACCUACGUUGAGCAUUACAAGAGACUCAUUCAGGGUAUUCACGGAAAGUGGCCCGAAGCUCAGGUCAUAGUCAUGGUACGUCCAACUUGACAGUCAAUAUCUAGUGCCCACUAAAUGCAGCAAUAGCAAAUGUGGCAAGGCUUUUUCCAAGAUGGCAAUACGUACGGUCAAAAUACCGAUCUUCGGGACGAAGUAUACAGCGUUUACGAGUACUUCAACUCGGAAGAGUAUCUAAGCAACCCUACGACUUGGGAUGCUGUCACAAACACCACCGAGCAGACGGGGAAACCGGCGACACCGUUCGUGCAUUUCUUCAACACCACGGGCAUCCUCCAGCACAAUGAUAUCGCGCCACAGUGGCAUCCGACGGAUGUCGGUCAGAUCAAGGUCGCGAGCCACCUGAUACAGUACAUCACGUUGAAGCUCGGCUGGCCCCUGUAUGCUACCGGACCCGAG